CUGACUUAACUUUAAUCUAAGACAUAUACUUAACCUUAAUUUUUAAGAAUAUAAUACAUCAUUUUCAGUACAUUUAAAUAUCAUUUACAAACAUUAAUAAUGUUACGAUUAUUAGGAAUACGAUUUAUAUUUAGGAUAAAUAAAUCAUUUUUAAUCAAAAAUGAAAAUAAAGAAAUUCAAUUUGUUCAAAAUAAUUUUUUAUGGUAUCAAAAAAUCAAUUUUAGUUCAAAUAAUGUGAAUGAUUUAGAAGAAAAAACCGAAGAAAAGAAAAAAAAGACUCCUAGAAUUCCUAAAAUUACACUUAUACAUCCAAACAACUCUAUAACUGUUACUUUAUUAGAAGAUGCAGAAAAAUUAGCUGACCGUCGAAAUCUCCAAUUAGUACAUGAUGGGAUAAUUGAAAGUGUAAAAAGCAAAAUACAAGGAAUUAUUUUAGAACAAAAUACAAAAAAAAGUAAUACUAUACUUAUAUAUUCUCCAUCAAAUGAUGAGAAUAAUUCUUCAAAUAUAUAGUAUAUGUAUUAAUAAUAGUAUUUGAUAUAUCUUAAAA